CUCAUCAUUUCGAGAUCGUGCAUCACUAAACACGCUCCUGCGCACUUUCGGUGUUAUCCAGCAAUCACAGGGAUUUCAGGUUUUCUGUGCACAUCGGUGGCGUACCGGCAGACUGCAUGGCAAAGAGGCGCGCCGAGGACACUCUGCUGCACAACUCUCCCUCCAAGAGGUGUUUCCGCUCCCUUUGCGCUGUUGACAUACAGGCGGAGAGCAUGGCUCCGUCCGGGGGCGUGAGCCCGCCGUCCCUCCUGGCUUUGCUGGGGACCCGCUGCAGAAAGAGGCCGCAAUAUUUCGAUGAAGAAGAGACCGCUUCUUAUCGCAAGACUUCACACUACGAUGCCAGGAAGCGUGCAGUAAAUGUUUCGGCGGUGCAGACGUCUGGAAGUUUCCAAGACCGUCGCAGCUCUUCAGUCACGAGCUCCCAGAAACGACCACGAGAGGGCAGCGAGGAGCCAGAUACCGCUGUUCCCAAAUCUAAUGAUAAAGCUGAUGAGGACGCAAACACUGAAGACUGCACUUACAACUCCUUCCAGUAUUGGAGGGUGCCUUUACCUGAGCUUGACCUUUCACUGCUAGAAGAUGCAAGCGCCCACUCAAAAACAAAAGACAAGUCAAAAGCAUCUUCUUCUGACGCCAUGGAGACUUGAAGAUGAUUGGUACAGCGAGGCCUAUUGAAAGCUGCCUCUUCCCGUUUAAAGCAUGGGAACAUGAUGAGGACAAUGUGAUGUUCUUCAGCAAAUAGAGGCAUCAAGAACAGGUUACUUGAAAUGCAUCAAGGUGAGAUGCGAUAACCGAAACCUGCCAAGGCUGCCCCUGUAGAGCAAUACAGGCUUUAUUUAUUUUAUUUUUUCCCCCUUAAGUGGAAAACAGUCUAAUGCAAGAUUUCACAGACCUAAGUGGAACUUUUUUCAAACCUUUUAUAGAUCCAGCAGCUUUGUGUGACCAGCAUUUAGACAGCCUGAUAACAGCAGUGACUGAUCUCCCAUGUUCAAUGCUGAGUCCUUACUUUGCAAACCUACAGUUGAGUAGGAUUAUAUAAAUAUGUGUCUAACUAAUUAGAGAUCUAAUUAAAGAUGCAUGCUUGGUCUGCAGAUAAUAGUUGCCUUUCAGAACAAAUUUGGUCCAGUUGUGUAGGGUUGCACUUUUUAAAUUGUGUGACUGAAUUGUUGGUUGUACAUUUUGUACACAUCUGAUUGCCAGUUAGAGCUGGUUGUUACAUGCCUUUGUAUUCAUUGACAAUAAAAAUAUAUAUU